AAUAGUGAAUCAUUUCACAUCUAUAAUUUUUGGUUGCACGUAUACAUCCUAAAUAAAUUUUGUGCAAAAUUAGUUUAUAUUUCAAUCCAAAAUGGUUUUAAAAAUUAUUUUUUUUAAGUUGUGGUUAGUGACAUUUUGUGUUCUUGGAGUGUCUACAGAACUGAGUGUGAACAAUACAAAGAAGUACCAUGAAGUUAUGCACAAUUUGAAUAACUUAUCUCAGACGUUUUUGCAUGCAUAUAAAGAUGCUGAUAUUACACCGAAUUGUAAAACUGCGAUGACACAUUAUAAGAAUGCGUUUGGCAAUCAGGAAGAAUGGGCAAUAAAAAUGGCUGAUGCAAUGUCAAAGUUGCAGUCUGGAAUUCUAAACGGCAACAUCUACAAUUUAGGAGCUUUCGACGAAUGUCUAUCAAUUCGUCGCAUUGACGUCUUCUCCCAGCCAGUAGACGGCAGUAUUGCAAUAGAAUAUACGCAAAUUAAUGGAAAAUACUGUUUAGGAGGGGGGAUACUUCUGGACAUACCCUAUAAAUGGGCAAUGUGUGCACCUGACGCAUGCUCAGCCGAUGAUUUAAACAAAAUCAUAAAAAUAAUUCCGAUACCAAUGUUUUUCUCUGAAGAUCAGUGUCAAGAUCCAAGCCAGGAACCAGAACUUACUGAUGGGGAUAUUGUAGUCAUGAAUGUAUUUGGAAUUAUUUUGGGAAUAAUGCUUGUAUCGUCUUUGUACGACACGCAUCUUCGAUAUUAUGAAAAAAAGACGGCCCAUCCAUUAUUAUUAGCGUUUUCUGUGGUAACCAAUGGAGAAAAACUCUUUGCAACCACAGAACCUGGUACAAAUUCAGGCCAAUUGGAGUGCCUUUCCGGUAUUCGUUCAAUGAGUAUGAUGUGGGUGAUUCUUGGCCACAUGUUUGACAUUAUAGGUGGCGUAGCCGUAACAAACAUUACCAAUGUUAUCGACUUUAUGACUGAUAGUGGGACAAUGUACGUCCGAGGAGGGACUGUUGCCGUGGACACCUUUUUUCUUUUGGGUGGUAUUGUGAUGAUCUACGUUUAUCUGAAAUCUACCAAAGAGAAACAGACAUUUAAUAUAUUCCAUUAUUAUUUGCAUCGGUACCUUCGGUUAACUCCAGCUUUAGCCGCCGUUCUUGUCGUACAUCUUACUGCUCUCAAACAUUUUGGAUCAGGACCGUAUUGGCCGAGACUGAUUAAUAACGUAAAUGUUACUUGCGAGAAAUAUUGGUGGAGUUUAUUGUUAUACAUUCAAAACUACACGAAUACUCUAGAAAUGUGUAUUCCACAAAGUUGGUAUCUCUCUGUUGAUACACAACUAUUCCUUCUGUCACCACUUGUCUUGUUUCCAAUCAAACGUUGGCCAAGAUAUACACUUGCAGCUGUUGUAGUUGCUGCGUUGGCUUCCAUCUCAUGUGGAUUUGCGAUAGCCUGGAUUUACGAACUAAAUGAUAGUUUGCUUUUGACUGUUGUCGGCGAAAACGCAGAAAAAUAUUCGUUGUAUUAUUACCAUGCAACUUACUCUCGUGCUGCCCCAUGGUUAAUUGGUAUCAUAAUUGGUUAUGUCAUCUACCAGGUGAAAAUUGUCCAAAAAAAUAAAAAAUUCAAAAUAAAUUUGUUUUUAAAUAUGGCGUUGUGGAUUGCAUCGUUAGCUGUGAUGGCAACUUGUGUGUUUGUGGACAAAUCGCAUGAUGAAUACGAUCGUCUUGCCAAUACGUCAUUUAUUGCUUUCCUUCGUCCUGCAUGGUCUAUUGCAGUCUCUUGGGUAAUAUUCGCCUGUGUCACUGGAUACGGUGGUCCUGUAAAUGCAUUCUUGUCAGCUAGAGUUUUUCAAAUUCUGGCACGACUCACUUAUUCGAUGUAUCUGACGCAUUUCUCAAUUAUCUUGGUACUUUACUUGUCAAUCAAGCAGCCACUACCGUUCACUAACGCUCAAGGUAUGUAUGAAUAUUGGUCGGUUUUCGCGUUGGUAUUUGCAAUCAGCGUGGUAUGGACGCUGGCGUUUGAAUCACCGAUUAUUAUCAUUGAGAAAUGUCUUCUGGGAGGCGGAAAUAAGAAAAAAACCAAAAGUGGCAACUAAAGAUAAUAAUGUAAAUACUACUUUUGGUAGUUCUAGUAAUAUAGUGGACGAGAAAGUUAUUGGUGGGCAUUAUCGUUCACAUGAUGAACAAAAUAUUGAAAAUUGCGUCGAUAAUCAAAGUUACGUUCAUGAUGAAACUGCACCGAGCACAAAAUAACAAUAAUGUGAUAAUAUAUAAUAGUCUUUUAAUAAACACACUGUAUAUAUUAAGCUUUUUAAAUGUUAUCACUACUUUUCUUAAUAUAAUUAAAUACAAAAAAAUUUAAGAUUUUA